UUUUAUUUUGAAAGUCUGGAGAGGAAACUGGGUCGUUAUCGCGGGCAACUGGACACCAUCCUAUUAAAAAAAAUCGACAACCCCCUCAGUUUGUCGAGUCUCCAAGUAACUUUGGUUGAUUCUUCAUCGGAGUGUACAAAGACACACACCGUUAUGGACCCCAGCGCCCCUCCGAAGGAUUGGACGAAGGAGAAGUCUUCCAUGGGCCAGGUGGCCCCUCCGCCCUACCAAGACAAUCCGUACCCAGGAUACCCUCAGCCUGGGCCGGGUUACCCUCAGCCUGCACCGGGAUACCCUCAGCCUGGUUCCGCUUACCCUCAUUCGCAGGACACUCCCUAUCCACCACCGUAUGGCGGUGCUGUGUACGGACACCAGCAGUACACGCCAGGUCACCAAUACCCACCCCAGCCUGCCACGGUCACUGUCCAGCCCACGGUGUUUGUGACCCAAGGCCCGUUGGCUAACCCUGUCAACGACUACCUGUGCUACUCCAUCUUCAACAUGUUGUGCUGCUGCCUGCCCCUUGGAAUUGCCGCCCUCAUCUACUCUAUUAAUGCCCGAGAAGCCAACCACAGUGGGGACCAGCUGGCGGCAGAGCGGAACAGCCGGACUGCCAGAACCCUGAACCACGUGGGCCUGGGACUCGGCAUCGGCGCCAUCAUCCUCAUGAUCGUCUACCUGGUGGUUGUGGUGUCUCUGGUGCAUUAAUCUUGCCUAAAAAUAUCUUUCAAACGUUUUCCCAUAAUUCUAUUCUCUCUGUAACAUUAAAGUCACCUGAUUGGCUAUUAGAUAAAAGAAGCGAGAUGGACAGCAGAUGUCUCUUGUAUGACGAUUUGAUCUGUUUGCAACCUGUGUGGAAAAGUUAGCAAAAUAUUUCUACAAAUGUUCCUAUUGUUUUGGUCCCUGGGUUAACGCACUCGACUGUUUGGCGGAAGCAGCUCAAAACUAACCUCAAACAAAGAGGAAGUAAAUAACUCCAUUGCAUGGACGUACCGUCUGCCACAUCCAUUCAGGGCCAAUCAUGCAGCCUUUUGGUCACGCCCGGUACACAUGUCGAGAUCAUUGUUGUGUCUCUAGUGUCUCAAAUUGAAUACUUCCAUCGGUACACUUCAAUACAGUAUAUGGUGGACAUUGUGUACUCACUUCAUGAGUGCGCAAAUUUUGACAGCGUAGUCCUGUUCCAAAUUGAUUAUGGUCAUUACCGUAAUGCCAGUCUAAAUAUUUGAGGGGAGCAUUGAAAAGUGCAUUGCGUUUUGCUGUAUUUCUCAGUGUGAACACGCUUACGCACGCAACAGACUAAGUCUCUUCUUGAUAAUAAUAAUGGAUUAGAUUUUAUAGCGCUUUUCAAAGCACCCAAAGUGCUUCACAAUGAAGUGAACCCAUUAUUCAUUCACUCCUCAGUCACACACUGGUGGCGGUAAUCUACAUCUGUAUUCACAGCUGCCCCGGGGUAGUUGACGGAAACGUGGCUGCCAAUUCGGACCCGCGGCCUCUCCGACCACCGCCAAACGUUCAUUCACAUUCAUUCAUUCACCAGUGUGGGCAGCACUUGCCCAGGGACACAACAACAGUGGCUGGGUGGAGGGGGCAAAGUUCGAACCGCUGACUUUCCAGUUUCUGGACGACCUGCUCUACCUGCUCUACCUCCUGAGCCACUGCCGCUCUUCUUUUAAUUUCACCUAUGCGACUCAUUGCUCCCUAUAUGUGCCCUGCGAUUGGCUGACGACCAGUCCAGGGUGCACCCCGCCUCUCGCCCGAAGUCAGCUGGGAUAGGCUCCAGCAUACCCGCGACCCUAGUGAGGAUAAGCAGCAUAGAAGAUGGAUGGAUGGGACUCAUUGCUGCCUCAUACAGGUCGGUCCAGGUACUAUUUUGUCCCGUGUGACGUCUCACACAUCAAAAAAAUGUGUUAAGAUUUUAAGAAUCUGUGCGUGUGUACCGGGCUUGAGCAAGCAUGCGGGAAACCAAUUUCCAAACAACAUUGGGUAGGGGUGUGGCAUGUGUCAAGACAGAACGCAGUACAUUUCCGGUGGUGCAAAUCCAGUUUGGAGGUCGGUCCUCAAGCGCUUGCUCCAGAAUGCUACAUGCUACAAAGAAAAUCUCGAUGUCUUGCCGCCCCCAUUCACUACGUUUCAGUUCAGUCAGUUGAGUGGGUUUUUCUGCUUGCGCACAAACACAGUUUUUCACUCUGAUGCAUCCUUAAUGGAGACGCGGCAUUUAAAAGGGAUCAUAGGCUAGUCUUUCAGAUUACUCCCUCCACUUCAGCCUUUCCAAAGAUUCGUAUUUCACCAUCCUGUUAGUUAGUUACUGCUGAAGCACACGUGCGAAUAGCAUACUGAGAUUUACAUUUACUGUAGCUUCCUUCCACUUUGCCCUUUGAACGGGAUCUAUCGCUGUGUUUGCCAACGUUUAUUGAGCCAAUUAACUUACAUAUUUUACUUGUACAUGAGAAAAAUAUCACACAAAGUUUAUACAUACUGUACUGAAAUAAUGACGAUUUCUUUUUUUUUUACUCACACAUUUAAUUGUUCUGCCUGUCACCUUGAUGGAUAAACAAAGGUACUUGUUUUGUAGUAAAUAAAUAACAAUUUUCAGACCAGGUACGAAAAUUGGAGACUUUCCCACGGCACAGUGGUUGUGAAUCACUCAUCUAUCAUGACGAAAAUGUCGACUAAACCUUUGAAAUGUAUGCCAUCCUUUCGAGACUUUUUUUUUCCAACUAACCAAAGAAGUGACAGGAGAGAUGUGCCGCGCAUCUGAGUGUAUCUCAUGUUUUAGUUGACUGUAUGUAAGCAAUCAUAUUUUUCAUAGUGUAGCCAAAUAGGAAUGUAAAGUUAGUUGGCAGAAUGCAGAUCUGCUGUUUAUUCUUGCAGAAUAUUUGAUGUUAUUCUCUAAUCCAAAGAUGAAAAAGCACACCUUUACUUUGUAACUAAUGACUUUAUAUAAAUAAAGUUUUAAAAUAUUUUGAAAAGAA